GUGGCACUGUCCCGGCGGGCCGGGCCCUCACGCACCGCCCCAAGCGAAACCGAAAGCGGCUCCGGGCCGGGCCGGGCCGGACCUGCCGAGGGUUCGCGGGGGGUUCGCGGCCGCGCUGCCGCCAUGGCAGAGGGCACCCGGGACGAGCGGUUCCUCUACAUGAUCUCGUGCUUCAGGCCGCGGCUGAAGCAGUUCAUCCAGGUGCAGCCCGUGCUGGACCGGCUGCCCUCGCUGAGCGCCGAGGACAGGGACAGGGUGCGGGCGGCCGCCGAGCAGCGCGGCGCGGCGGCGGGCGCGGAGGAGCUGCUGCGGGCCCUGGAGCGCGGGCCCCGCGGCUGCGGCUGGGGCCGCGAGUUCCUGCAGGCGCUGGAGCAGGGCGGCUGCGGCCUGGCCGCCUGCUACGCCAACCCCAGCCUGAGCCUGCUGCCCUCGCCCGCCGAGGAGGCCGAGCACGACCUGUGCGUGCAGCUGGUGCAGCUGCUGCACGGCACGCUGGUGGACAGGAUGCGCGCCCUGCAGGUGGCCGGGAAGUGCCUGGAGAUGGGAGUCUUCCAGGACGAGGACAUGGAUCGGAUCCAGACUGUUACUGACAAUCGUGGCAACAGAGAUGGUGCAAGGGAGCUACUGAGCAGAAUAGUCCAGAAGAAAGAUUGGUUCUCUUCUUUUUUGGUUGCUCUCCGUGAAACCCAACAUGAAGACCUCGCAUGUGAUUUAAGUGGAAAUACAGGAGGAACAGAGAAUAAACAAAAUGGGAUGGAGCAGACUGCAGAUGAAGAAACAGAAGUUACAAGUCAACCAGGAUAUGCCAUGGAGCAGAAUUUGAAACAGGAAGAAAAUGUGGAUGAUAGUUUCAGCAGUGAGAGCAGUGUGUUGGAAACAUCCAUAGAAAAGAAUUCUGUGGUGUCAGAGUCAGAUGUCUCCACAGGAGAUGGAAGUGUCAGUAACUUGAAUGAAAGCCUGGGACAGAGCUCCACAACCAGUGAUUCAGAUGAAGAUGAAGAGGAGAGGAGAGCCUCACCUGAGCCGGAUCUGACCCUGAGAGAUUACCAGAUGGAAGUUGCAAAGCCAGCACUGAAUGGAGAGAAUAUUAUAAUAUGUCUCCCUACGGGCAGUGGUAAAACUAGAGUGGCUGUUUACAUUACCAAAGAUCACUUGAAUAAGAAGAAAAGAGCAUCAGAGCCUGGAAAAGUCAUAGUACUUGUUAAUAAGGUUCCAUUGGUAGAACAGCAUUUACAAAGAGAGUUUAGUCCAUUCCUGAAGCGUUGGUAUCGGGUUACUGGUUUAAGUGGUGAUUCUCAGCUGAAAAUCUCAUUUCCUGAAGUUGUCAGAAGAAAUGAUGUCAUCAUCAGUACAGCACAGAUCCUUGAGAAUUCACUGUUAAAUGCAUCCAAGGAAGAGGAAGAAAGUGUCCACUUAUCAGAUUUUUCCCUGAUCAUUAUUGAUGAGUGUCAUCACACUCAAAAGGAAGGUGUCUACAACAAUAUAAUGCGACGGUACUUAAAAGAAAAGAUGAGGAACAGGAAGCUGGCAAAAGAAAACAAACCACUGAUCCCACAGCCUCAGAUUCUGGGACUUACAGCCUCACCUGGUGUAGGAGGUGCAACAUCCUACUCAAAAGCUGAACAGCAUAUUCUCAAGAUCUGUGCCAAUCUUGAUGCAUCUAGAAUUAUGACUGUUGAAGAGCAUGCCUCCCAGCUAAAGAAUCAGGUGAAGGAACCAUCUAAGAAGACUGUGAUUGCAGAUGACAAAAAAAGGGAUCCAUUUAAAGAGAGAAUUAUUGAGAUCAUGACAGAAAUACAAAACUAUUGCCAGCUACAUCCAAAGUCUGAGUUUGGAACUCAGACAUACGAACAGUGGGCGAUCAGAGAAGAGAGAAGAGCUGCAAAAGAAGAAAAACGCAGGGAACGUGUCUGUGCAGAGCACUUGAAGAAAUACAAUGAUGCUCUCCAGAUAAAUGACACCAUCCGAAUGGUGGAUGCCUACAAUCACCUAAAUAACUUUUAUAAAGAGGAGAAAAGUAAGAAGACAGUAAGGAGUGAUGAUGAUGAUGAUGAUGAACCAGCAGUAUCAAAACAGGAUGAAACAGAUGAAUUUCUAUUAGAUUUAUUUUAUGCAAAAAAGAAACAGCUGAAAGAGAUGACUGGAAAGCCAGAAAAUGAAAAUGAGAAGCUAAUAAAGUUGAGAAACACUUUAAUGGAGGAGUUCACAAAGACUGAGGAACCUCGAGGAAUCAUUUUCACAAAGACUCGUCUAAGUGCCUUUGCUCUAUUCCAGUGGAUUAAGGACAACCCAAAAUUUGAAGAAGUGGGGAUUAGGGCCCAUUAUCUUAUUGGCUCUGGACACAAGAGUGAAAUGAAGCCCAUGACUCAGAAUGAGCAAAGGGAAGUUAUUGAUAAAUUUCGACAUGGAAAUAUAAAUUUACUAAUUGCUACUACUGUAGCUGAGGAAGGCCUGGACAUCAAAGAGUGCAACAUAGUUAUUCGCUAUGGCCUCGUCACCAAUGAAAUUGCUAUGGUGCAGGCUCGCGGUAGAGCUCGGUCUGAUGAAAGUACCUAUGCUCUUGUGGCUUCAAGUGGCUCAGGGGCUGUUGAACGUGAAGAUGUUAAUAUUUAUCGUGAGAAAAUGAUGUACAAGGCCAUUCAGCGUGUCCAGAAGAUGCCGCAGGAAGAGUAUUUAAAUAAGAUUCAGAAUUUCCAGUUGCAAAGUAUAGUGGAAAAACAAAUGAAGGCAAAGAGAGAUCAGUGCAAGACAUACAAGAAAAAUCCUUCACUAAUAAAAUUCUUAUGCAAAAAUUGCUACAAGCCGAUAUGUUCUGGAGAAGACAUACAAGUUAUUGAAGACAUGCAUCAUAUCAGUGUGAAAAAAGAUUUCCAAAGUCUUUAUCAUACAAGAGAAAAUAAAACACUGCAAGAUAAGCAUGCUGAUUACCAGACAAAUGGGGAAAUUAUAUGCAGAGACUGUGGACAAACUUGGGGAAAUAUGAUGAUUCACCGAGGUCUUGACCUGCCUUGCCUAAAGAUUAAAAAUUUUGUGGUUGUGUUUGCAGACAAGAAAACAACAAAGCAAAUUUUUCAGAGAUGGGGGGAGCUGCCCAUCAGGUUCCCUAGUUUUGAUUAUGCAGCUCAUUUUCCUUCAAGUGAUGAAGAUUGAGGACUUAGAAUGAAAAUAAAAGCCUUUUUCAACUUGUCUCCGUUCAUCAGAAGCUCCUGUGUUCCACAGAUAAUGCUGCAUCAUAAGCGCUGAGAAAGCUCCUGGACAUAAGGAAAUUGUCUUGAAGACAAAAAGUUAAGCAAGAAAGGGGAAGGACAAAGUCACAUAGCUGCUUCUUCACUCAGAUUUUUACUCCUGGACAGAGAUGGCAAAUGCAUUGCAGUCAUACGUAUUUAUGGAACAAACUCCUGUCUCUGUUCACUACAGGGUGACAACACUGCCAAAAGUGUGUUAGAUGACCUCUUGUCAAUCCCAGAACAUUGAAAAGAGACCUUAAGAUAUGCCAUGGUCAUUAUUUUCUUCAUGCUAUAACCAUUUGGAAGAUAAAGUAUCUUAAAAGAGGAGCCACGUAAAGAAGAUGUUACCCAUUAUUUCUGAAUCACUGUUGCUACAUCAAUGUUUUCAUGACUGAGUUCCUCCCUUCAUAAAUGUAGCUGAAAGUUCAUACACUUUGAAAGACUAAAAUUAAGUUUCCCUUAGAUGACAUUUCAAAAAAUCAAGCCUGAAACUGAUUAUUUUAGUGUCCAAGAUGCAUAUUGCCAAAGUGACUCUCUGUGUGUUAGUUUCAUAGGAUUGUUAGAUUGGCUACCUAAUGAGGUGUGUAUUUUUUUCAGUAAAUUGCUAUAACUAACCUUUGCCAACUGUGAUACUGUCCACUGGAAGUAUUUAGAGGAUAACAAUACCAUAGCUUCACCCUAGAAAUUUAAAGGAUGGUGGUAUUCUGACUGUAAAAAUAGCAUAAUGUUUCUCCAUAUUUAUCUCAUGGACAGAUUUCUUGCCCACCCCUCCCCCCCACUUUCUUUGCAAGUAAGAUGUUGGAGAGUGGAAGGAAGGUUUGUUUGUUGUUACAAUGGUAAUUGAAUUAAUUAUUAGGGUAGCCUCUUGGGAAAUCAUCCAGAUACCAUUCAUCAUCUGGAUCAUCUCUGGAUUUAUUUAUUAAUGAGUUGUUACGGGUACAUAAAUGCAAUAUAAUACACUGUACAUAGCAUUUAGUAUCUGAAUUAAUUUAUUCAGUACUUCUAAAGAAGUGUAAAAUGCUGGUAAAACAUACUACAUCAUUUCAUAGAUUGCUGCUGGGUCUUUCAUCAAAUAAAUUUCCAUGCUGAGUAGUUUUUUUUGAAAUCUGAGCUUUUGAUACUUCCCUUUACUGAAGCAACAAAAGCAGAUUAUUUUCUGCACUUAUGCUACGGACCUCUAUGACAAACAUGCCUGGGGUUCUUGUAGUUCACCUGGGUGCUGUUGUUAUACUCCCAGUUCCUAGCGUGACUGCCACAUUGUUACCAAAGUUUAAAGAGUGUUUGCACAAUCUCACUUCAACAUACUGCAUAAUGAACCUCAGAUUAAUCCUGCUGGUGUGUAGGGUAACAAAUUUCUAGUCAAGUUAUUUUCUCUGAAUGGGGUCAUCAAAGACACCUGUAUUGCCCAUGCAGGAAGUGUGAAGUUGUAAAAAACAAGCUAAAUUGCUGUAUUUUAUCUUCUGCUUACCUCUGCAUUUAUUGCCUUUAGGGAGCCAACAUCCUCCAGGAAGUGUGACAAAUUCUGAUUGUCUUUAUUACUUACAGCUUUUAUUAGUUCGUCAAUGUGGAAAGGAAAAAAAAUAGUCCAUGGGGAUUUGUCUAGCUCUGUGUGUGGCUGCUUAAGAACUGGGUCCACCUCAGUUGUAUGUUCAUUGCACUGCCUCCUUUUGUUCUGAUGUCAUGCACAACCUUCAUCUGUAAAUCUGCAUUUCCUCACGUAUUAAGAGUAAAUACUUCAGUAGCCUUUGAGUAAUUACAUGACUGUUUGUGUAGCUGCUGGCCAAACUGUUUUCUUUUCCAUAAUUUGCCCAUUUUUCCAAGUGACUUAACCUCUUUCUAACUUUCUUACACUUUUAUUUCUCUUACAUUUUGGGUUCCUUAUGUUGCAGAAGUUAGGAAGAGUUUGGCUGUUGAAAGAAUUUCUGUUUGCUUCCUCACUGGUACUAGUCCUGAGAAGGGAAUUCAGACAUCAGCAAUAGUUCUACAAAGCUUGUAAAAAUCAUUCUAUGACAGGUAAUUUUUUUCCCCUAAUCUGCAACCAUUGUGAAUCUUAUUAAAACUCAUGCCUAAGUAAUUUUAUUUCUGAAGCAGACAAAUAAAUACAUAGUAUGCAGAAUAAAGUCAUUUUGUAAAACCUUUUA